AUAGAUCUAGCAAAUGUUUGGCAGUGUCGGACGGAGACAUAGCCUAAUGCCGCACAAAACAGCACAACAAGUGAACACAGGGUCAAUCGGCGAGCGGAAACGUAUCUAUGGCAGCGGCUGCACUUGUUGAGAGCAGAGAAGGAAACCGAUGAGAAAUCGGGGCGGCCCUGUCUCACUGAGUCAUCAGGUCCGAGAGUGAAAGGUGUUUAUGGUGGGCUCACUUGCCGUGUUUGCAGAUAUGAACGAGCAGGCUGAGGACUCUGUUGCGGGGACUGGCGCGGAUCGAGAUUCGGUCAAGGACCAAAUGGCGGCUCGAUACAGGGAAAGAAUGUCUAUGGGCUACCUUCUGCCAGAGACAUCAGGGAUGACUCAAGUCCCUGCGGUCAGUUCCGGUUUUGAGAGUCCCCAUAAAAUGAUGCUGAACCCUGAUGACCCACACUGCUCUGAGCCAGCCACUGUCGAUAGAGAGAGUCACAUCAGCUCCUCUCCAUCUGCCCGCCGUACUCAUGCUGUGACCGACCGCUCCCCACGACCCGCUAUGAAAGAACUCAUAACAAAAUUUGAGACGAAGAGCCCGGGAGCUUCCCUUGGCCUGGGUCAGGCAUCGACAGGGGGAGAGUCGGCACGCGUGGCCCGCCAGGCGUGGCGCGCAGACCGGGUGUCGGUCAACCUAGAGCUUGACCCGAGUGCACUUACGUCGAGCUCUCUCAGUGAAGAUUACAACUCAAAGUCUUUGUCCACUGGCUCCAAACCGCCUUACGCAAAGUCGUCCCAGGCAACCCUCAGUUUGAACACAGAAGCUGCUGCUGCUACUACUGCUACAGUUGCUGCUACCACAAUGGCUGCUGUAAAUACUGUUGUUUCUUCACCGGCGACUGCAAAGAGCAAUGUCACGACACAGUUUGAGCAAACCACAGGUGGGUCUGGUUCAGAAGCAUCGGCACACAACUCAACUCCUCUCGGGGAGACAAACGUGCAAGGGGCGACCAUGUACUCUCCACAACAGCCGCGACAAGUGCAGAGCACGCCAAAAAUCUUGCAGGCAGGUGGCAAGCUAGCGCCAGAAACUGUUCAACUCGAGAAUGUCUUAAGGAAAGACCCUAAAGUGGUCACGGGACAUCCACCUAUCUACCCACCCCAGUCUGACAUAGGUCAGAAAUCAGACACCCAAACCACAGAUCUUGCUGAACAAGGAGCACCCCAGAGAGUGAAUCUGAGGGAAUUUGCCUUCCGGGGCAACCAGGGUCCAGCAAAAGACUCGAGGUACACCGUCCAUAAAAAGGACUGGGGCAAACGAUUUGGCUCGAGACAACCUAUAACAAACCCAAUCGCCCAGCUACUGCCCCGAGCCACCAGCACACCCAAACCAGAGGCGCUCACCCCUGUGUUCUCAAGGAUAGAGUGCAGCAAGGUGUCACGUGGCCUGAGGUCCACGGAGCCUCGGCGUGCCCAGAGUGCCAUGUCGUCUGCCACCAGCAGGUCGCUGAGUACCGGUUGCAGCCUGUAUUCGCUCAAGAUCUCUCCAAAGAUGGACAGAACCCAGCAGAGAUCUACCACGUCCACGCCGUCCAACACUCAGCAAAGGCUUCAUAGGCGAAACAUGACAAGACUCACCGACGCGACUAAGGGAAUCGAUUCAGUCAGUCAUUCCAAGAGUGAAGAGAGGAAGAAGACGGCCAUGGAACGUUAUCUUCAGUUCUUGAAGAGAUCCACACCGCCCCUGCCUGUCCCACCGAGGGACGCUAUCCGUGUAAGCACACAAGCACCUGGACGAGCUCUGUCUAAAGAAGCCCCCUCACGGAACCCCGAGGAAACUGCAUCCACAAGGGGUGCGGGAAACGAAGACUUUGGCCACAGAAGACUAAACGAGUCGCUAGAAGAACAUUUGGAGACAGCCCAGGUGUACCGGGAAGAAAUGUUCCCCAUCAAUUUGUCCCCAAGGGACAAGCAUGGCGGGGGCUCCCCGUCACUUUAUCAUCCCAAAUUAGGAUCUCCACUGUACAUGAGUAGGGGCAAGGACACAGAGCACGGCGAGACUGCAGGCGUGGCUGCCGACAAGACCCUGGUUAAUUCCCCGGCUGAACAGAAAACCAAGUCUCCCCAGCUGUGCCGGCAAGGUAGUCAGUGCUCUCAGAUACUGGAGGCUCGUCUCCCACACCGUACUUUUCAAAGCAUCUCGGGACAUUUGGGGCAAGCAUUACAACAGCAUCAACAUCAACCACAGCAGGAACAUCAGCAUCAUCAGCAGCAACAGGAGAGCGCCCAGAACGCUUUAUAUCAAAAGGGGAGGAGACGAUCGCCUGAACUGUUUCCUCCUCAAGUCUCCAAUAUCAAUUUACCAGCCGCCGGCGCCAUCGACUCUCGUCCCGCCACCCGUCGCUCUAGCCCGUCACCCAUCGCCAAGGACAAAAGUCAGCGACUCCGGAGAGAGGUGAGCAAACUGUCAAGCUGUCAGGGAUCCCCGUACGCUGGUUCCAAAGGCCCCGGGGCUGGAGACUCGUCGCCAAUCAAGUCCAAGUCUUCCGAGCACGAGAUGAGUCCACUCCACAGAGAAAUCUCCGAUCUGGCCAAUCAACUGCUGACAGAGGACGAGCUGGCGGACAAUGACCUAAUGCCCUUCCACCUCCGUGACCCUCACCGUCGUGCUGUACAGGGAAAGUCCAGGGGCAAGGUCACCACAGACUCAUUCAGUUCGGACGAGGACAGCUGUACCGUCUCCAUUGAGGACAGGCUCAGGAAAAUCAAGGCUAGGCGCCUGCUGAAAUUAAUGAAAGACGCCGAGUCGACGAAGCAGCCGGGCGUAUCGUACUCUGAGGCCCUAGGCAACGCAGCGCUCAACCAGCGUCACCAUGAGCAAGGUACGCAGCGAUGCGAUCAGCUGAACCUACGGGAGAAUGUCAACAUCUUGUCUCAACCUCGGGACCAGUCACAGGAGAGUCACAGCUCAAGUAAAAUUCGAUCUUCUCUCUCCAGACAACGCCGCCCGAAGUCAGAGCCGAGACCCAAUGUAUACAGCUCCGGCGCUGCAUCUUCUCAUGUUCACAAAAGAGAGAAAAUCCCUCUCCUUUAUCUUCAGUCACCAUCAGAGCACGAUCCUUCAGCUCCUGGCUCUCCGAAGAAAAUGGCCUUGGCCGACAAACAACACACGCCGUUAGCCCGGAUAGCCACACUGCAGCCUGCUUUUGAGGAAAGGUGGGAUGACGAUCUCGAGCUGAGGGAACCUGGGGAAAAGUGGGAGGAUUCCAGGCGCGGUGUUUCGGGUCAUGAGGCCUUUGAUCCCUCCCCCACACAGUGGUCUGUGUCGUUAACACAAGGCAAGAGUUCUCCAAGUCGAGGCAACCCGGCGGCGUCCAACAUAGAGACUGUCACAGAGACGGAGCUAGCGGGGCACACUGGAGACAACAGCUCCCGGAGACUCAGGGAGCCGGUACAGAGAGAAGUCUCAAUAGAAGAUCUUCAUAACCACUCGGAGGUGGGAUAUCACUUUGGCAUGACUAAGCCGGAGGAGGAGGAGAAAAACGAAGUUCAACGAGCCGCGAAGGACUCCGUGGUGAGGAAGAAAAGAAAAGCCGAAAAGAUUAAAAGAGUGAAGAAAAGGAAAAAGAAAAUGAAAGUGGAGGAAGCAGACUUGUCUCAGACUUAUAGAACGGAGUCUCGAAAUGUGACAGAAGGAAGAAGGCCGCCGCACGACGGGAGCCGAACGAGACGUCAUGGUCGCCAGCAGCAACACUCGGAACACAGACAAGAGCUGUGCCUUCCCCACCAAGAGCUGGACGAGGCAGGGGCGUUUCACCUACCAGGUCGGCAUCGACCUCAGUCAGAGGAGAGGACAAGCUUCAGGGGGAACCACGAGAACAACAAAACUAUUGUCAAAAUGCCCAAUGCUAGGUCACAUUCUCUUGAGAUUGCCACUGCGGACAAGUCCAAGCAUUCACGGCAGGACACCCCUCAGGACAUAACGCCGACAAAGUCUCAGAGACCCGGCAGUGACUAUUUUUCGUCCCAUGAGACGCCGGGGAGACUGUCCCGCCAUCCUGAUGACAACACAUACACCCGUUCUCCCAGGCGUUUGGCGUCUCCGGUGAACUUCACCUCCAGGUGGACGCCCCGCAU